AUGGGAGGAGUAUGUGGAAAUCAUCAUCAUCAUCAUUAACAUAAUCAAUUUGCAAAAUCACCUAUAGGACCUCAUAGAACUGGAUGUUCAUUUAUGAAUCCUGAACGAAUGAAGUUUAAUAUUAUAUUUGAAAAUCUUCGUCUCCAAUACCCAACUAAGUCAUGUCAUCUGAGUAUAAAAUUAGCUGGUGAAAUUCUAAUGGAAACACCUAACCAUAUAGAUUUAGAUGGUAAACAUGCUGUAAUUAAUUAACUAACCUUAGUGGAAGAAAAUAGUUGAAACAUAAAUUUAAGCUAAUAUUCUUGAGCUACAUGAGAAGAAACUGGAAUUUUAUUUAUUAGAAGAGAAGAAUGUAAUUGCAACUUUAGAGAUUCCCAUUUUUGAUAUUAUUAGUGGGCCUAUUCAUUUUGAUUAUUCAAUUGGAAAAGGUAGGUUAUCUUUUGAUAUGUAAAUGGCUUAAAUAUUAUAGAUUGAUAUUAAUCCUAUUGAAAUUGAUUGCAGUUAUGUUGAGAGUAUAAAAGACAAAGCUUAUGUCUUUAAUUUAAGAUUGGUUACAAGGAAAAUGUACUUUACAUCCCCAAAUUCUGAAAGUUUCUAUAAUCCUGCAUAUUUGAGAGGGUUUAAUUCAUCUCUUAACAAUUUUCUAUAGGAAAUGAUGUUUAGAACUACUUGGAAUAGUUCAUCUGAAUUACCUAUUUUCAGUAUAGAAUUACCAUCAAAUGAAAUGUAUAAUAGUUCAUUGUAAGUUUGCAUUUGGAGUAUCAAUAAAGGAAACGAAUUUCAAUCUCCUGGAAUUUGUUCAAUUAAAUCACUCAAAGAAAAAUGUGAAAAAGAGGUAUUUAUUGAUUAGAACCUUUUUGCUGAGACCUUUAUUGCCUUACAUAAACUAAUUUAAGAGGAUGAUGAAGAAGACUUCUAAAUGUAUUAGCAAUUCAAAACUACUGUUACUAAAAGUUUAUGGUGUAAAGGUAAUAAAGUUGGUACAAUAUAAUGUAAAUUCAAUGUAAAACUACCCAGGUUUCUUAAAUAGAAAUUAGUAGGUAUUAGAACUGAGAAUGGAUGUACAUUAGGUGUCAAUAUUUGUAGUUCUAAAUCAGUUGCUUAGAUUGCAGAAAUAACUAAUAUCUUUUAAAAAUUAUAUGAAUCUAUGUUUAAGAUGCAAUCAUUAAGUCAUAAUGAUCCAAAUAGAACAAUACUCUAACAUCAAGCCUUGACAAUUAGUUAGUAACUAUUAAUUGAAGUUUAAAAAGCUGACAAAGAUACUAAUUCAAAAUUAUUCUAUUAUAAAAAUUAAGAGGAUUUAUUUAAAGCUUAGGAAUAUUUUAUCAAGAUAGCAGAAUAAAUAACAAAAUAUAUAGAUAAAUUAGAUGAAAAUCUAAGAGAAGUUUGUUAUGAAAUUUUAUUAGUUAUAAUUGAUAGAGGAGAAUUUCGAUUGCAUUCAUUAGGAUAUUUUGAAGAAUGUAAGUAAUUAUCAAAAAAACAAUUGGAACUAAAGAAUACAGUUAAUCUUCAUUAUUCAGAAUUUAUGCUUUAAACAUUAAAUUGGGUACUUCUUAAGGUUCCAAUAAAAACUUCAUAGUAAAAUGAGAGAAAAUUCAUGAUGAGAUUCUUGGUUUUAUCAUUUAUAAGAAUAUAUAACUUUAAGGAUUAAUUAUUAAAAUGUAUUAAUAAAUCUAAUGAUCCUUAAUUAGUAGAAUGGAGAGGUAAUGAAUUUUAAUUAGAAGAAUAAGAUGUGUUUAUAAAUGAAUAAGUAGCUAUGAUAUUUGAUUGGCAGACAUACUUUUAUAAUUAUCUCACCUAAAACCAAUAAUAUUAAUUAAGUUAAAGUAUGUGUGAUGAAUAAUGGAAAUUAACUUUAGGUAAAAGGAGUUUAAUUUAUCAAUAUUUUAUAAUGGAUUAUUGUACUUACAUCUAAUAUAUUUUGUAAAAGAACAAUAUUCAAUGGCAACAUGUACCAGGGUAUAAAUAGUUAUUGAAAUCUUUUCUUAGUGAAUUAAAAUUAAAAGAAUCAUACACAGCAUCAUUUUUUGAUUGUGUUAUGGCUAUUUCUAGAAAUACUAAUAUUAUCAAUAUUAUUGUAAUGAUAUUAUUUAAUAAAACAAAGUAAGAUCUAUUAUUUAUUAUUAGUUUGUAUUAAUCUGAUUAAGUCAUAUAGGUUUUUGAUUUAUUAAGUUUAAUAAUAAAUUAAUGUCCAUAAACAUUAACAGUUUUUGAUUACCCAUUCUUUUUAAAUGGGAUAAGAAUUGUAUUAGCAUAAUCAGAACAUGCAAUAGCAAUUGCUACUGUUCUGGAAUUAAUUUAUACAAAUUUUUUGAAAUUCCCAAUAGAAUUCAGAAAAGCAAUAAUCGAUUUAUUAUUUGAACCAAUAUGUUUUGAAUUAUUUCUACAUUGGUCAAAGACUGUGAGAACAGUAUUUAUGAGUUUCCUACUCUAUCGAAUAUGUCAUCAAUAUAGAAACAAUAAGAUUUCAGUUAUGGAUGAAGAAUUAUUUGAAUAAUAGUAUUUGAUAGCCUCUAAGCCAAGAAAGAAUUUCAGUUUUUAUGAGAAUAGAAAAGAAGAGAAAUAAUUAAUUGUAUUAAUUUGAUAUGAUAACUAGGCAGAUUACAUUUACUUAAAAUAUACAAGAUUUAUGAUGAAUAUAGAAUAGGUCAAGAUUCAAUUAAAAUAGUUUCCAAUCCAUAAAGAUUUACAAGUUUUAUAGAAUCUAAAACAGAAAUUGGCUUAAAAGAAUCAGUAUCAUUAGGAGAAUUAGAAUAUAAUAAUAUAGGAAUAAAGAUAAGAUGAUAAAGAAGAGAUUCCAUCUGAAAAAUAGAUAAUUUUUGAGAGAAGGAAUGAAUAUAGAAAUCCUACAAAAAAAAGAACUAUCAUCUUAUCAGACAAUAAAUAUAAAUAUUUAAAAGUAGCUCUAAAUGAGUUUUCUGAAUUAACUAAAUAAUAUACAAGAUGGAGAUAUUAAUCUAUGAAUAUGAGUGGGGAAGAAUUGAGUCCAGAAGAGAAAGGUUAAGCAUAUCUGAACUUUUAGGUUCCAUAAAUAAAGAUAUUAGUGCAUUAUGAUUAGAAAGAAGGGAGGCAAGAUUGA